CCACUUCAACCCACGAGCGCCCUCUUUUCCCUUUCCUUGAGCGGCGCUCCCACACCUUCCCUGGCCGCAGCCACCUCAAUCUCCUCAACCUCAGCCUCCUUGUCGCUGCACCACACAAUCGCAUCAUCUUCAUCGCCUUUGACCUUUCCACCACCUACCACGUACGACAAUCUCGUCAUCAGCAUCAUGCAAUCCCUCAUCCAGUUCGUAGGCAGAAGGUUGCCGGGUUUCCUUAGAGAGGCAGUCAUUGGCAUUCUGGGACUUGACUGCUACAUUACGCUGCUGUACAAUGGGGACAUUCUAGAUCGAUAUUGUCUCUCCCUGGGCAUAUCCAAAGCCUUGGGAGCCGGCAUCGUCAUCUUUGGUUCCAUACUCAAGAUCCCACAAAUCUUCAAGAUCGUGAGGAACAGGUCGGCUGCUGGUGUCAGCUUGGGAAUGUAUGCGCUCGAGGUGUUGGCCUACGACAUCAGCCUGGCUUAUGCGGUCAGGAGGAGAAUACCGUUUAGCACUUAUGGAGAGAAUGCUAGCUUGACAGUUCAGAAUAUGCUCAUCACGCUCCUCAUCAUGCACUACAAGCCCGCCUCAACGCUGUCCACACGCUCAACAUCACACGCCCGUUCACUGCUCCUGGCAGCUUUAUCUAUGCUCCUCUUGUCCUACGCCCUCUUUACCCCCGCCAUCAUUUCCGAUGCCAACUUGGCCAUCCUGCAACUCUUCUCGAUUCCCAUCAGUCUAUUGAGCAAAGUGCCGCAGAUCCGGGAGUUGCACUUUAGGAAAAGGACUGGGCAGCUUAGCGCGCUCGUCGUCUUUGCUCAGUUGGCGGGAACCAUUGCUAGGGUCUUCACGACUCUGACAGAGACAUCCGACAAGUUGCUGCUUUGGGGCUUUUCCCUCGCAUCCCUCUUCAACGCCUUCAUAGCCGCCCAGUACAUUUACUACUGGAACGGAAACAGCAGCACAAUAUACACGCCUCAUAUGUCAGCCAGGGAGAGGGAACUUAGAAGAAUUGCCAAUGCUAGAAAUGCAGUGGGAUUGCAUCCGCUAUAUAAGAAGGUGGAUGAUGAGGAUCAUAGGGCGAACUCGCUUUCCAAUUCGGGCGCGGCAGGUGGUUGGGCGCAAGGAAGCGCAAGCACCAAUGGGUCAGAGGGAGCAGGCACACAAGAAGGGAAAGGGUGGGAAGGUCGAGGUCGACCUGAGCCGCUGGACUUGCAAGGAAACAGCAGCAGCGCAACGUACGGCAACAGUCUGGAGCGAAGGCUCCCUUCCGCAGCUGCAAACGGACUGGGCGCUGGCUUUGAAGAAAUCCAAACGUACGGCUCGCCCUCGGCGAAAGGUCUCGGUCGCUCCAACACCAUCGGCUCGCGCGCUCACAGUCCAAAGUCGGCCGGAAACAGCAGCGCUUUCUCUCCCACUUCGAAGCGCUACGCACCUCAUGCAGGCUCCCCGCUUCGAGGAAGACGCUCGGCGGAAGAGGACGAUGGGCCAGCGAACGACGCGCGAACGGGAUUUAGAAACGCGUCUGGCGGCACGAUUCACACGAAUGGCAGACCGCACAUGAGUCGUCCAGACUCUCUCAGGCGCGCAAUCUCCUAUCAACACGCAUUUCCCCAGUCGCAGUCGCAGUCGCAGUCUCAAGGCUAUGCAGUAGGCGCAUCCAACGCCACCUCGACCUACGACCCGACGUCCAACGAUGAGUGGCAGCGACACCGCACGGUCUCCAAUGAUCUGAGAGCUUCACCAGGACCUGGAGGGGGAAGGAGCAGAUCGAGACCUUCCACACCUACCAAUGCGCACGCCAAUCCGGGCAACUUUGGAAGAGUUCCAACCAGUCCUGCACUCGCGUCCUUUCGAUCUUUGCCGCAUUCUGGCUCGCGCAGCGCUUCGACGGAACGCGGAAGAGUCUCUAUGGAUGGUUCGCGUCCGGCUUGGUCGUCGAGUGCGGGCGGUGCGAACGCGGCAGGGUACAAUGAAGGUGAACAGAUGGAGUACCUAUUACCCUCUUCCCCCUCUUUGCGCGGAAUGGGCGCCAUCGACGUCGACUCGGCAUACGCGCACGAAGAAGAGGAUCGAGGAGGAGAUACGUUUUCCAUCCGAUUGCCCAGCGAGGUGGACACUGGAGGUCUGCUCAGUCCACGAUCUUCGAGCGGCAACUUGAGGAGGUUGAAAGCUAGCAGGAGCUGGAACAGUCUUGCUGCUCAGGCUGCGCCCGUCGUUGUUGGGCAAGCUGCAGAGAAGACAGAGGAUAUGAAGAUGGGUCUUGGGUUGGGCCUUGGCCAGGCUGGCCUGCCCAGGGCGCGCGGGUCGGAGAAUGUUAGACCUUGAGCUCGCAGCGCUGUGCUCAGAGUCAAUGCAACAUCGUUCCUUUUCGUUCUUUUUUGAAGAAGCGAGCUUGUCUCUGCUGUGAGGUGUGCCAAGGACCAAAUCGAUUCGAUGAGCUUGCUGAGCUUCUUCUUCGACGUAGGGCAAGUCAAUGAGUGCUGCUUGGAGAGGACGUCGCGAUGCACCAGGCCAGUGUGCUUCUGUGU